GCAGAAUCAAUGUAUAGUCACCCACUCUUCAGUGUCCUCACUCCUAACACGCUCUCUUUUCACCGUUCUUCGCCAUUUCUUCUUCUUCUUCUUCAUUCACACAUUUUCACAAUCACAUGGCGAGUAACAAUGGAACAGAGCAAGUAGUGGUGCCUCUUCCAGCUUCGGUGGACAAUCUUCUAGAGCGCAUCUGCAAGGAACAGAACCAGAGUCCUCCAGAUUCUAAAGUCAGGCGCAAGCUCGCUGAAAUUGACGAGCAAGAAGCCCUUAAUUUACUAAACAAAAUCUCAAACUCCAAAAUCAAGUCUCUAAGCGCAUUCAUACUUUACUUGAUCAAACAAUCAACUGGCUCAUCAUCCCCAUCUUCGUUUCCUUCUCCGUCAAACUCCCCUUUUGCUUCUUCUACUCUCUCUCCCAACGGUUUCACCGGUUCACCUACGCGCACGAUGUGGCAGCACCACCAAACUACAGAUACAGUUGGUUUAGGCAGUUCUCAGGCCGUUGUUACAGAACUUAAACGAAACCCCUUGGAUUUUUAUGCUGAAAGAAGAGAAGAGAAAAUGAUUAGUCCACAGAUGGUGGCACUUGGAGAAUUGGAGUUCAGAAGGGCCUUUCUGCUGUUGAGUUACAUUGGAGGGGAGAGUCUUGAGAGACUUCAACCGGACUAUAUUAGAAGCUUGAAAGAUUUGCCUAUGGGAAGGUUUGAGAGAACAAUAUGGCAAGAUGUGGGGCAUAAAUAUAUAAAGGAUUGCGAUCGGCAAUCGUAUGUUGAAUGGGAUUCUAGUAGGCCACAUGUAUAUCAAUGCUAUGUUUCUACGGAUGGGAGCUUAAGAUUCAAGGGUCCUAUUAUACAGAACUCAAGAACACACCUACAGAGAACGUUAGGGGAUGACAAUGUUUUAGUUGUUAAAUUCUCCGAGGAGAAAAGUAUCCCAAAGAUGCGAAUCACUGUUGAUGAGGCUAUCAACCUGUAUGAGAAGUUUGGAAAGGAAGGGAUCCAAGUUGGCCUUAGAUUAUAUCGCUUUUUUGUUUUUAAAGAUGGUGGAAAGGAAGAGAAGAAGAAGGACCCAGCAUCGUCCUCUGUAAAGUGUUAUUUUGUUAGGAUGAAGUCACUUUCUUCUGCUGAUGAGAGGGCAUCGUACAUUCUGGCAGAUCGGAAAAUGAUCGAAGCUAGAUGUUUGUUUAUGCAUGCUCACACGUUAGCUAGUGUGGAUAAGUAUAUGGCUAGAUUCUCUCUUCUUCUAUCAAAGACAUUCAAACUUGACAUUGACUUGGCUAGUGUGAAUGUUAAGCAAAUUGAUGAUGAAUAUUGCCUGGAUGAAAAAGGAGAAAAAGUUCCCGAUAUAGAUGGCAAACCGCGUAUUCACACAGAUGGAACUGGGUUCAUCUCAGAAGACUUGGCGUCGUGCUGCCCUACCAAUGUAUCUAAAGGAACUGCCAAAAAUAAAACCACGAAGCCUUUGAUGAUCCAGUGCCGUCUCUUCCACAAGGGUUCUGCAAUUAAAGGCACACUUGUGGUUAAUCAUACGCUUCCUCCUAGGACAAUUCAGGUUCGGGAUUCAAUGAUUAAAGUUAAGACCGACAAAGAACUUUCGAAUGCUCCAAGCAUAGAUUCGUUAGAAGUGGUGGGAACGAGCAAUCACCCAAAUCGGUCAUUCUUGUCUAAAUAUCUCAUUGCACUUCUAAGCUAUGGUGGAGUUCCAAAUGAAUACUUCAUAGAAGUACUUCAGGAUAAUCUGAAAGAUGUUGACCAAAUCUUCUCUAAUAAACGCGCUGCUUUUAGAGUUGCUCUAAACCAUGGUGAGAUGGAUGACUACACUGCGUUGCGAAUGAUCUUAUGUGGGAUUCCUAUUGAAGAGCCACAUUUGCAGUUUCAAUUGUCCGUAUUUGCAAAGGAGGAAAUGAAGAAGCUUAGAGGAGGGAAGAUCUAUAUACCGGAUUCUUUCUAUUUGAUGGGGACUGUUGAUCCUACUGGAAAAUUAGAAAGAAAUCAAGUUUGUGUAAUUCAUGAAAAUGGCCCAAUUACAGGGGAGGUGUUAGUUUACAGAAAUCCAGGUUUACAUUUUGGGGACAUUCACAGAAUGGAUGCGGUACCUGUGGAGGAACUAAAAUCUUAUGUUGGCGAUAGCAAGUAUGCAAUUUUCUUCCCGUGUGUUGGCCCUCGCUCUGUGGCAGAUGAGAUUGCCGGAGGCGAUUUUGAUGGAGACAAGUACUGGGUUUCACAAAAUUCUGAGCUAUUAAAAUACUUCAGACAGAGUGAUCCUUGGAUGGAAACUCGACCUGAAGAGCCUUAUGAUAAAGAACCACAUGAUAAAGAACCAAGUGUUAAAGAACCACGUGAUAUGUCUUCUGAGGAAUUUGAGGAACAGCUUUUUAGACUAUACCUAAAGACUCGAUUUGAACCAAGCAACGCAAUAGGUGUGGCUGCUGAGAGCUGGAUGGCACUUAUGGAUCGAUUUUUGACCAUAAGAAAUGAAGAGGAGAAGGAACGAGUGAAGGAAAACAUAAUUAGAUUGGUUAAUAUAUAUUAUAUGGCAUUGGAUGCUCCGAAGAAAAGUGGUCGUAAGAUUGAAGUCCCAAAAGAGUUGUCGGCAGAAUUGUUCCCACAUUAUAUGGAAAAGGAGAAAUCAUUCACUUCAACCUCUGUGUUAGGAAUGAUAUAUGAUGAGGUUCUCAGAUGGCAACAUAAAGAAGAUUCUGCAAUAGAAAUAAAAAAACUCCCUUGUUUUGAUAUUGAAGUACCUAAAACAAGUUUGGAAAAUUGGCGAAAUUUAUAUGAGGAGUAUAAGAGUGAUAUGACUGCUGCCUUAAGAGACAAAGAAAAUGACAAAGAUGCUUCCAAAGAGAAGGCAGAUGAAGUCAUCAAAUAUUAUAAGCAGAAACUGUAUGGUGGUGCUGACAAUAUGGAAGAUAGUGCAAGAGACAUAAAUGAUAUUUAUAAUGAUGCUUUGGCUGUGUAUAAUGUUACUUAUGACCAUGCCAUGGCAGUGAAGCAAGUUGGUAAAUGCAGAUUUGCAUGGAUGGUUGCAGGUUCACCUCUAUGCAGUCUUUAUAACCUUAAACAAGAUGAAAAGGCUUUUGUGGUUUCCCUCUCUGUAUUGCGUGAGAUUGGAUGAUCAUCUUCACUCUACACAGUCAUACUAGCUAGUUAAUUGUAUCAUAGCCUAUGCCAAUACUUUGGUUGAUGAACUGUUACCAAACUUGCACCUUAGCUGUGCCUGUAAUAUAAUAUAGGAUUUUCAUGUUAUCGAGUAUCAACCUGUAGGAUUGGUCAUUGGCAAGUAAUGAAACUUUGUGCACUA